GUUUACAACGAAUGCUGGGGGUGGAGCCACAUAACUAAGAACCAGGUUGUACCGGGGCCUUUACCGGGAGGUGAAAUACCAGGUAUCGGGGGUUAAACCAGAGCCUGCACCGGGAGCCGGACCGGACGUGUUGCCGCGAUGGGGGGAGCAGUGAGCGCCGGGGAGGACAACGACGAGCUGAUAGACAACCUGAAGGAGGCGCAGUACAUCCGGACGGACGCCGUGGAGCAGGCCUUCCGCGCCAUCGACCGCGCACACUACUACCUGGAGGAGUUUAAGAAGAACGCGUACAAAGACCUGGCCUGGAAACACGGCAACCUCCACCUGUCUGCCCCCUGCAUCUACUCUGAGGUCAUGGAGGCUUUGGAGCUCCAGCCAGGACUCUCCUUCCUCAACCUGGGCAGUGGAACCGGCUACCUCAGUACCAUGGUGGGGCUGAUCCUGGGACCGUUCGGCGUUAACCACGGCGUGGAGCUCCACGCGGACGUCAUAGAGUACGCCAAGCACAAGCUGGACCUGUUCGUUCGCACCAAUGACAGCUUUGACCGGUUUGAGUUUUGUGAGCCCUGUUUCGUUGGCGGAAACUGUUUAGACAUUUCUCUGGGCUCCUCAGCGUACGACCGCGUCUAUUGCGGAGCGGGGGUGCAGAAGGAACACGAGGAAUACAUGAAGAACCUUCUGAAAGUCGGGGGGAUCCUCGUGAUGCCGCUGGAGGAGAAGCUCACCAAGAUAACCCGCACCGGCCCCAGCACCUGGGAGACAAAGAAGAUCCUCGCCGUGUCCUUCGCUCCUCUCGUCCAACCCGGCAAAGGGGAUCCCGUCAAGUCGAGGAGCCUCCACCUGCCCCUUCCCAACGCACGAACGCUGCAGGAUUUGGCGCGCAUCGCCAUCAGGGGCCGCAUCAAGAAGGUGAUGAGCCAAGAGCCCGGCUGCCGAGGCGCCGGUGGCGUCCUGAAGAAGCCGCUGCGCUACAAACGCCGACGGCUGCACGGGCGCCGCAUGGAGACCGUUGUCUUCCUAGACAAGGAGGUUCUGGCGAGGCUGUCCCCGAAUGUGUUCGACGACAACAACAACAACUUCGAAGACGAGGCCCACAAAGAGGAAGAUGAUGAAAGAGCGACGAGCAAAGCCAAAGCCGAGCCGCCGGCCAACCACCUGCGGGAGAAGAUCCUGAGUCUUCCGUUACCCGACCCUCUGAAGUGCUACCUGCUCUACUACCGAGAGAAGUGA